CAUAUACAUUACAUAUACAUUAUAUAGAGAGGAGAAGCAAGCACGGACAAGUGCUAUAAAGUAUUAUCAUGCCAAAUACCCAAAGCUUGACAGCCUGUAAAUAUUCAGACUCAAAAAUGGGUUCGGAAGAGGAGCAAUUCGCAUACGCAAUGCAACUGGUUACCUCCAUGUCCCUCACCAUGGUGCUGGUGAAUGCAAUGAAGCUCAAGAUCUUCGAGACUAUAGCAGAGGCAGGACCUGAAGCACGACUCUCGGCACAUGAGAUCGUAUCCCGUUUGUCCAUGACAAAUCCGAGUGCCCACCAGAUGGUCGAUCGAAUGCUUCGGUUGCUCGGUACUCAUUCUGUUGUAACCUGCAAUCAACAAGAACGUGAGUUUGGUCUGGUUCGAGUGUAUGGACUCACCCCCGUUGCCAAAUACUUUGUUCCAAACAAAGAUGGGGUGUCCUUAUGUGCUUUGAUGGAGUUGCUUCAAGAUAAAGUGUUUGUUGACAGUUGGUUUAAACUCAAAGAUUCAUUGUUAGAAGGAGGCGUUCCUUUUGAUAUGGUUCAUGGAACACAUGCAUUUGAAUAUCCAGCAUUAGAUGCAAGGUUCAAUGAGGUCUUCAACAAUGCCAUGACGAAUCAUACUACUAUGGUGAUGAACAAAAUUCUAGAGUGCUACAAUGGUUUUGAAAACCUCAAGCAAGUGGUUGAUGUGGGAGGUGGUUUAGGAGUCAAUCUCAAGAUCAUCAUAUCAAAAUAUCCCAGUAUAAAAGGCAUUAAUUUUGAUUUGCCACAUGUGAUUCAACAUGCACCAGGCUAUCCUGGUAUAGAACAUAUUGGAGGAGAUAUGUUUGAAGAGGUUCCCCCAAGUGAUGUCAUCUUUAUGAAGUGGAUAUUGCAUGAUUGGAGCGAUGAUCAUUGUGAAAAGUUGCUAAAGAAUUGCUACAAGGCAUUGUCAAAUGAGGGGAAGGUUAUUGUAGUUGAGAGCAUUCUUCCUUUUUUGUCCAACACAAGCUCUUCCAAUAAAGUCACCACUCAAAUAGAUGCAAUCAUGAUGACACAAAAUCCAGGAGGAAAGGAGCGCACAGAGCAUGAGUUUCUUGUGUUGGCUAAAAAUGCAGGAUUCACUGGAAUAAAAAUGGAAUGCUUUGUUUGCAACCUUUGGGUCAUGGAAAUUUACAAGUAGAGUUUUCUAUAAUUAUAUG